AGUGUCCAUUAAUAUUGCACGGCAAAUAAGGGGAAGAAGACUGGUUCAAUUCAUAGAUGGAUGUUCUUCCGACAAUUGUGCCUGAAAACCUCGGAAUCUGUGAAAUGUAUAUAUAUAUCCAGAAACAUUGAAUGGCAGGGUCGGUCCCGUUUCCCCCCACCCAUAGAAUAAAUAAUCGGAAGCAUGAAGAAGGCAUUAUGCUGCCUUUUACUCCUCUGCCUCGUAUCCCUCGCCGUCUCUCCGGUCUCCGUCGCGUUAACCGAUGCCGAGGUUGAUUUAAUUGCCCAUCGCCAGCUCCUAUCUCUUGAGAAAGUGAAAGCCGAGGAGGCCCUGGAGAAUUGGGAGGAAAAGGUAGAUAAAAAUUUGGUUUUCGCCAAUGACAGGCAAAAAAAAGCUUAUGUUGGGCUUCAGGCAAUGAAGAACGCCAUUUAUUCCGACCCAAACAAGAUCAUCACCGGUAACUGGACUGGCCCUGAUGUCUGCUCCUACAAUGGCGUCUUCUGCGAUCACGCUCUGGAUGAUCCCGAUAAGCCAUGGGUUGUUGCCGGGAUUGAUUUCAACCACGACGACAUUGCCGGCCAUCUCCCUCUUGAGAUUGGGCUACUCACAGACCUCGCUCUCAUCCACAUUAACUCCAACAGGUUUUGCGGCAUUAUUCCCAAGACCAUCACCAAACUCACCCUUCUCUUCGAGAUCGACUUCAGCAACAACCGCUUCGUCGGGCCGUUCCCGGAGAUUCUCCUGGAGCUGGAGUCCCUCAAGUAUCUGGAUCUCCGGUUCAACGAUUUCGAAGGGGAAAUGCCGCUGGGGUUGUUCGACAAAGACAUGGACGUCAUUUUCUUGAACGACAACCGGCUGCAGGGGAACAUCCCGGAGAACUUCGGAAACUCCUCGGCCUCGCUUGUGGUGUUGGCGAAUAACGAGUUCAGUGGGUGCGUUCCCGGCAGCCUGGCCAGAAUGCAAGGGACAAUGGAGGAGGUGCUUUUCUUGAACAACGGGUUAUCCGGGUGUUUGCCGGAAGAUAUGAGUAUGUUCGAGAAUGUGACGCUGUUUGAUGUGAGGAAUAAUAAGCUGGUUGGGGAGUUGCCUAAAGGGAUGGAGAAGAUGGAGAAACUGGGAAUUAUGAAUCUUGAUGGGAACAUGUUAACGGGGAAUGUUCCCAAGUCCCUCUGCACCUUGCCUAAUCUUAAAAACCUGUCUUUCGCCGGCAACUAUUUCGAUUCGCAGGAUCCAUCAUGCGUGCCGCCGCAGGAGGGGCUUCAGGUGGAUAAUAGUAACAAUUGUUUCCCAGGAUUGGAGAACCAGAGGUCUGAGAAUGUGUGUCGUGAAGUUAUGAGCAAGCCAAUUGAUUGUAGUAAAAUUAGUUGUAAAGGUGGCGGUAGUCCAGAUUCAACCCCAUCCACUCCCAAACCGCCGCCCGUCGCUUCUCCUCCACCGCCAACUCCUUCGCCCCCGCCUCCAGUCGCUUCUCCUCCACCACCACCACCACCCGUUCCCUCUCCACCGCCCCCCUCACCAUCUCCACCACCACCUCCGGUUCAUUCUCCACCGCCUCCUCCGGUCUACUCCCCACCGCCCCCCUCACCAUCUCCACCGCCUCCUCCGGUCUUUUCUCCACCGCCUCCCACACCAUCUCCACCGCCUCCUCCGGUCUUUUCUCCGCCGCCUCCUCCGGCACCUGUUCCGUCCCCGCCACCACCGGAGGUGGUUCUUCCUCCAGAUUUGGGAGCUGUGUACUCAUCACCCCCACCGCCAAUCUUCAAAGGCUAUUAAGGAGUGCGUCAUCAAUAUCAUCAUAUUUCUACACCAUUAUUGUAUCACCAUUUCUGGUCUAUACAACAGCUCACCACGUUAAAAUCAACAAAACCAACCAAUUGGGCAUUUAAAUGACGGAACAGAAUCUCAUUGGAUUUCAUAAUUUUUUAUGAUCAGUCCUGGUAUCUCGUGUGGACAU